UAACAGGGUGGAGCUUUAUUAGUCACUAGGGAGUGUGAGUCUUUUCGAUCAGGUCAGAGAAGCAAUUUCAUCGAACAAAAAUAACGUGCGUGCGUCGGACAAAGUAGAUGAGUUUUAAUAAAAGUCAAUUGUUUUAAUUCUACAGGACCUUGAGCUAAUAUGCAUUUGUUAAUUUGAAGAACACUGUAGUUUAAGUAAACAGCAAUGAGCGAAUGCUUGUUUCACAAUCUCCUCGAUUUAAAGAAACACUAAAACAAAGGAUUUUGUUAUGUUGCUCUGAAGACUGGUGGUAACGUGGAGUAGCCCUGAAACUCGAGAAGUGGAAUACCUCCUUUAUUUGUUGCGCACAUCGUUAAUUCAUGGUUAGCCUGUGUUUCUUUUAUGUCGGCAGUAAACUUCUGCACACUGAAUAAUUAAACAAUGGACAACUACUUUACUGAGGGAACGUGGGUCUGGUUACGAGAAAAUGAACAGCACCUUCCAAGUUUGGUUUCAAGCUGUGGAGGUGGACUGAUCAACUUCACUACAAGCUGUGGUCAGGUGUUCAUUUAUAAAGUAAAUACAUUAACCAGGGAAAAAGUGGUGACUAUGCAUCCAACGAGCGUUGAAGGUGUUGAGGAUAUGGCAACCUUGGCAGAGCUGCAUGAAGGGGCAAUCAUGCAUAAUUUACACAUUCGAUUUAAACAGGACAACAUCUAUACAUACAUAGGUUCCAUCUUGGUGUCAGUGAAUCCGUACAAAUCAAUUUCUGGACUUUAUGAUAAAACAAGUGUGGAGCGAUACAGAAGUUAUGACUUGGGUGGUAGGACACCUCACAUUUUUGCCAUUGCAAAUGAAUGUUAUCGCUGCCUUUGGAAACGUAACGACAAUCAGUGUGUCCUCAUAAGUGGAGAAAGUGGUGCUGGAAAAACAGAAAGCACAAAACAUAUCUUGAAGUAUUUAUCAGCAAUGAGCCAAUAUUCUCUUGAUGUAACAACAAAGGAAAAUGUCUCUUAUGUGGAGCAGGCUAUUUUGGAAAGCAGUCCCAUCUUGGAAGCAUUUGGCAAUGCGAAGACUGUCUAUAACAACAACUCCAGUCGAUUUGGGAAGUUCAUUAAGCUGAACUUUUGUCAAAAGGGAAAUAUUCAGGGAGCCAGAAUCGUAGAUUAUUUAUUAGAAAAGAACCGUGUAGUCAGGCAGAACCCUGGGGAACGAAAUUACCAUAUUUUCUAUGCGUUACUGGCUGGAACAGGUGAAGAGCAGAAAGAGAUAUGUUACUUAUCUAAAACAGAGAAUUAUUAUUACUUGAGGGAGUUUGGAUAUACUGUGGAUAAUGCAAUUGAUGACCAGCAGACCUUUCAGGAAGUCAUGACUGCCAUGAGAGUAAUGAAGUUCAGUUCUGAAGAAACUCUGGAGGUGCUGAAGCUGCUUGCUGGAGUGCUACAUCUUGGGAAUAUCGAAUUUGUCAUUGCUGGAGGGGCGCAAGUUUCCUCAAAAAAUGCUUUGGGAAGUGCAGCAGAGUUGCUUGGGUUGGACUCUAUGAAACUUACAGAAGUGCUGACCCACAGGUCCAUGAUUCUCAGGGGUGAGGAGAUCAGCACACCACUCACGGUACAGCAGGCAAUAGAAUCCAGAGAUUCAACGGCCAUGGCACUUUACUCGCAAUGUUUUACAUGGAUCAUUAAAAAAAUCAAUUGUAGAAUAAAAGGAAAGGAGGAUUACAGAUCUGUGGGUGUCCUUGAUAUAUUUGGAUUUGAGAAUUUUGAGGUAAAUCGGUUUGAACAAUUCAACAUAAAUUAUGCAAAUGAAAAACUUCAGGAAUAUUUCAACAAACACAUAUUUUCUUUGGAACAGCUGGAAUAUAACAGAGAUGGAUUGGUCUGGGAACACGUUGAUUGGAUGGACAAUGGAGAAUGUUUAGAUCUCAUUGAGAAGAAAAUGGGCAUUCUGGCCCUUAUCAAUGAGGAGAGCCAUUUUCCAAAGGGCACGGAUAAUACUUUGCUGGCUAAGCUACACAGUCAGCAUUCGAAAAAUCUUUUUUAUGUGAAACCUAGAGUCAUUGACCAUUAUUUUGGAGUGAAGCACUAUGCUGGCGAGGUUUUAUACCAUGUAAAGGGAAUUCUAGAGAAGAACAGAGAUACAUUCAGACGUGAUGUACUAAAUUUGUUAUGUGAAAGCAGAUUGGAUUUCAUCUAUGACUUAUUUGAGCAUGCAUCAAGCAAGAUCAAUGAAGACACACUUAAAUCUGGAAGUAAACAUCAGAAGCCAACUGUAAGCUCUCAGUUCAAGGUCAGCAUUAUUUCAGUGCUUGAAUUGCUAGUGUUUUAUAACUUGUUUUUGAUAAUAGAGUUGAUGCCAGAUCAGUUUGACCAAGCAGUUGUGCUAAACCAGCUGAGAUAUUCAGGAAUGUUGGAAACUGUGAAAAUACGACGAGCUGGAUUCCCAAUCAGGAGGCAUUUCCAGAACUUCUAUGCAAGAUAUAAAGUCUUGAUGAGGAACCUCUGUUUACCUGAUGAUUUGAAGGGGAAGUGUGCUGCAUUACUUUAUUACUAUGACAACACUAAUACAGAUUGGCAGCUGGGGAGAACGAAGGUUUUCAUCCGGGAGUCUCUUGAACACAGGCUGGAAAAAGAACGUGAAGUUGAGGUUUGCAAAGCUGCUGUGAUAAUACAGGCUUAUGUCCUUGGCUAUUUGGCAAGGAAACAGUACAAAAAGGUUCUUCACAUGGUUGUUAUAAUUCAGAAAAAUUAUCGAGCUUUCUUCUGGAGAAAGAAGUUCCAACGUGUAAGGAAUUCCACAAUUAUAUUGCAGACACAACGACGAGGUCAGCUCGCACGCAGACAUUAUAAACAACUACUUGAACAUAAAAUAGCAGAAGAAGAGGUACAAAGAAACAAAGCACAGGAAGAAAGGGAAAGGCAGAAACGAGAAGCAGAAUGCAUUCGACAGUUUGAAGAGAGUGAUGAUGAUGAUUUGGAUUCAAGAUUUGACAACAAUGAGGAGCUGGCCUACCGUCGAGAUUCCAUUUACAGUUGUGUCAGUCUGCCAUAUUUUCACAGUUUCCUGUUUAUGAAAGGAGGCUUGAUGAAUACAUGGAAACGCCGUUGGUGUGUUUUAAAGGAUGAAACAUUCAUGUGGUUCCGUUCUAAACAAGAAGCUUUGAAACUAGGCUGGUUGCUCAAAAAAGGCGGUGGCACAUCAACUUUAUCAAGACGCAACUGGAAAAGACGUUGGUUUGUUCUGAGAGAGAGCAAACUAAUGUAUUUUGAGAAUGACAGUGAAGAAAAUUUAAAAAGGACCAUUGAUAUCAGAUCUGCAAGGGCGAUUAUCGAUGACACUGGCAAGGAGAAUGGUAUUAAUAUAGCACUAGAAGAUCGCAUCUUCUAUCUUAUUGCAGAGACAGCAGAAGAUGCCAGGAUCUUCUCAAUGAAUUUUUUUAUAUAUAGAUCAAAUUCAUUUGUGAUUAUCACUGCAAAUCGCAUCUUGCACUGCAAUGCAGAUACACCAGAGGAGAUGCAUCAUUGGAUAACAUUACUGCAAAGGGUCAAGGGAGACACAAAAGUAGAAGGUCAGGAGUUUAUUGUCAGAGGAUGGCUGCAUAAAGAAGUUAAGAAUGGUGGUAAAUUCAGUUCCUUGAAGUUGAAGAAGCGUUGGUUUGUCCUGACCUAUAAUUCUCUAGACUACUACAAGAGUUCUGAGAGGAAUGUAGCCAAGCUUGGAACCCUAGUACUGAAUAGCCUCUGUUCUGUUCUGCAACCUGAUGAAAAGAUUUUCAAAGAAUCUGGUUAUUGGAAUAUCACUAUAUAUGGCCAUAAACAUUGUUAUCAUCUUUACACAAAGCUUCUGAAUGAGGCAACGAGGUGGGCAAAUGCCAUCCAGAAUGUUAUUGAUUCCAAAGCACCCAUCAAUACACCUACACAGCAACUUAUUCAGGACAUCCAGGAAAACUGCCUAAAUAUUGAUGUGGUGGAACAAAUCUACAAAAGGAACCCAAUUCUACGUUAUACACAUCAUUCACUGCAUUCCCCACUUCUGCCACUACCAUAUGGAGACAUCAAUUUAAAAUUAUUAAAAGAAAAAGGCUAUACAACCCUACAGGACGAAGCUAUCAGACUCUUCAAUUCCUUACAUCAACUGCAGUCUGUUUCUGAUCCAGUUCCCAUCAUGCAGGAUAUUUUGCAGACUGGGAAAGAUCUGCGAUCUCUACAGGAUGAACUCUACUGCCAACUUAUCAAACAGACAAACAAAGUGCCUCAACCGAGGAGCGAGUGCAACUUGCGCAGUUGGCAAUUACUUACCUGCAUGAGCUGUACAUUUGUGCCAAGCCGCACUGUCCUGAGAUACCUCAAAUUCCACCUCAAAAGGAUACGUGACCAAUUUCAAGGAGAAUUGGAAAAGUAUGCAGUAUUCAUAUAUGAAUCAUUAAAGAAAACUAAAACCAGGGAAUAUGCACCUUCCCGAGAAGAAGUCAUAGCUUUGAUUAACAGGCAAGAGAUGACCUCUACUGUUUAUUGCCAUGGAGGUGGUUCCUGCAAAAUCACAAUUAAUUCUCAUACAACUGCAGGAGAGGUUGUUGAGAAGUUGGUUCGUGGACUGGCCAUGGAGGACUGUAGAAAUAUGUUUGCUCUCUUUGAACAUAAGGGUAUUACUGAUAAAGCAAUUGAAAGCAAAACAGUUGUGGCUGAUGUUUUGGCAAAAUUUGAAAAGGAUACUGCUACUUCUGAAGAUGAUAAUUCAUGGAAAUUCUACUUCAAACUCUAUUGUUUCCUUGACACUGAUAAUGUGCCAAAAGAUAGCGUGGAAUUUGCCUUCAUGUUUGAGCAGGCUCAUGAGGCUGUCAUUCAUGGUCACUAUCCUGCCCCUGAAGAAACUCUUCAGUAUUUUGCUGCCUUGCGAUUUCAGUUUCUGCAGGGAGAUUACACCCCACGUGUUGCCAUUCCAGAAAUCGAAGAGGUGUUCCCAAUUGAGAGAUUGAAGGCACGAAUCACAAAAUCAGCUAGGACCUUUGCUCCUUCUGGUGACAGAAAUGACAAAAAGAGAUCUAGCUUCUUUGAAGGAACAUUGAGGCGGAGCUUCCGAGGUGGUUCUGUCGGCAAGAUGAAAUCUGAGGAUGAGCAGAUGAUCGACAUGUGGGUUAAGGAGGAGAUUUCAUCAACUAGAACCAAUAUUAUUAACAAGUGGAAAAAGAUGCAAGGAAUGACCCAAGAGCAGGUUAUGAUUAAAUACAUGGCUCUGAUCAAUGAAUGGCCUGGAUAUGGCUCAACUUUAUUUGAUGUGGAGUGCAGAGAAGGUGGUUUCCCACAAGAGCUCUGGCUAGGAGUUUGUGCUGAAUCAGUUUCUGUCUACAAACGUGGAGAGGCCAAACCUCUGGAGACUUUCCCAUAUGAAAGUAUCCAAUCAUUUGGAGCUCCUCAGUCAACCAUGUAUAAAAUAGUGGUGGAUGAAAGGGACUUGCUAUUUGACAGUACAGAGGUAGUGGAGCUUGCCAAACUGAUGAAAGCUUAUAUCAGUAUGAUAGUAAAAAAGCGGUACAGUACUUCAUAUACAACGAGCAGUUGGGGAAAUCAAUGUGCCAACAGCAUUUCCUAGGAUGAAGAAAUUUGAGUUGGAGAGAGAGCAACUUUAAACAUUAAACUAUUUGAGUGUUAAAUAGCUAUAAUUGGAUAUCCAUAUUACAUUUGUCCUUCAAGAAAUCACAUCCUCACAAUGGUGUUGCCCGAAAAGUAAAGACUACACAUGGAGCAACUUAUGGUCAAACUUGUUAGCUACUUUUUGUGCACUAAAAUAAUACCUUGUCCUGAGAAUAAUGGUCAUAAAUAUUUGGAAUACUGCUGGCAGCCUUCCGAAAGAACUGCAAUGAUAUUUUCCAUUAUUAAUCUAUAUUUCACAAUUAUUUUGCUAAGAGAAAUUUAAUAUGCAAUGUUAUUUACUGUGUAUGUCUGUUUUUUCAGGAGCAACGUUAGUUAAUGUUUUCAUCCGGACUAUUUGAAUUAAGCAUUUGUUUUUGAUGUAGCUAUCCUAAAUAAAAUAUUUAUAAAGUUUCAAA